UCUCUCCCUUUCUCUUCUUCUGUCUGUAAAUUCUCCACUCUAACAAUGGCGGCCAAUGGUGUAAUCGUAAGCGCGUCUAGGUUUCUUGCAUCCUCCAACCGUCUUUCAAUUCCUUCCGCCUCCGCCUCACCCUUUACCGUCCGCCCUCACAAACUCGCCUCUUCAUUCUCCACCUCCUCCCUCCCUCUUACCCUCCGCCGCAGUAUCUCCCAACCCCCAACAUUCUCCACCGCCAUCACCAAAACCAAGAUCUCAUCCGCCAUUUCCGUCGGCGAUAAGCUCCCUGACGCAACCCUCGGUUACUUAAACGACUCCGAUGAAGUUCAGACCGUCACAAUCUCAGACCUCACAAAAGGCAAGAAAGUCGUCUUCUUCGCCGUCCCCGGUGCAUUCACUCCCACCUGUUCACAGAAACACCUACCGGGAUUCGUCGACAAAUCGGCGGAAUUGAAGGCCAAGGGAAUCGAUACCAUCGCUUGCAUUUCAGUUAACGAUGUGUUCGUGAUGAAGGCGUGGAAGAAAGAUCUGGGUAUUGGAGAUGAGGUUGUUCUAUUGAGUGAUGGAAAUGGUACUUUUACAAAUGCAAUUGGAUGCGAACUGGAUCUCAGUGAUAAGCCGAUUGGUUUAGGAGUGAGGUCGAGGAGGUACUCUAUGCUGGUUGAUGAUGGGGUCGUGAAGGCAUUGAAUCUGGAAGAAGGUGGAGCUUUUACGUUUAGCGGCGCCGAUGAUAUACUGAAAUUGCUUUGAUUUGAGGUCUUCUAAAGAUGGUUAUCGCCCUUUUUACUUUCUAUUUCCUAGAUUUGCUUGUUGACUUUGAAUAAGAUUAGAAAUCUGGACGAGAGUUUCUUGAUGUUGUGGAAUUGAACAGGGUUUGAAAGUGCAAUGAAAGUGUUUGAUGAAAUGCUUAAAUGAGAGUUUAUGUUAAA